AUUAAUUUUUUUGCGAAUCAUUUGAUCUUACGUAUAUUUUACAUAACUGCCAAAUCUCAAUUUUCUUUUAUCGCUGAUUACGUUACCUUGAAUAUGGAAUUAUAUUUUUUUGGUCUGAUGUGCGCAAACGCGUGUUUGAAGUUUAAACAGCACUUGGAUGAUAAUGGAACAGUACAUAUAGGUACAUACUACACACGUGUGAUGAUGUUGCGCCAAAGCAAAUCGCCGCGCGCGCGUGAUUAUUAUCCAAGUAUCAUUUACUUACCACUUGUUAUAUGGAUAUAAUUGGAUCUGCGAAUUGUGCUUCGAUAUAAGCAGAUGAGAAAUCCUCAGAGUUUGGAGAAGUAAGAAUAUUGCGCUUUGUAUCUUCAAAAUUUAGAUUUGUACAAGUCUUAAAAAAAAAAAAAAAAAAAAAAAUGUCGCUGAAAGAAAAGAAGCUGAAAGAUACCUCUGCUGCUUGCUCUCGUUAUCGAGAAUGGUGAUUUGUAGUGAUGCGCAACGAGAGGUGCAAAAUUGACAUGAAAUCCGAAAAAGAAAUCAAACAGCAACACAAGUAUUACGUGUAUCAUAAUUAGUUUUACAUUAAAAGAAUGAAUUGCGUGGUGGACAACACGUAGGAUGGAAUGCGGCGGCGCGGCGGCCGCAGGAUUGACUCGCAGAGGUGUUGCGUAUUUUAUUUGUUAGAUAUAUUAGAGAAUGUGUAUACAUGUGUACUAUGUAGUACGUGCAAGUGGAUAACGCGACAUGCAAGUCGCCAGGCUUCAUACUCGCUUUUCAUUUAAGGAACAGCGGCGUUUAAUCGCGCGAUAAAAAACGAUCGCUCUAUUUCCAUUCGUAUUAUGUGUAUACAGUGUGUAUCGUAUCGAUUUCGUGUUGAAAUUGCAGUCGCAUGUGUGUUGCGUGUCGUGUGAUUAGAAACGAAAAAGUUUUUCUCUUCCAAAUUUCUUUCCAUACGAAAGAAUAAAUAUGUCCUGUGAUACGGAAUUAAACGUUACGCAUUCGUUAUCCGACCAUAAAGAGUUUGUAGAAAAUUCGGUGGCUGAGAUGGUCGAUCAUCAUUCAAACAGCCGUAUACAAACGCCGGUAAUAUCGCAAGAAAAACGUCCAAACGUCGCUAAACAUGACAGCGUGUCAACAUCUACUGAUAAGGAUGAAAACUACCAUCUUUCCGUGUGUACGCUUGGAAAUGUGGAAAUUGAAGAAAAUGACGAAUGUGCUGAGAACGAUAAGAUGAUAUCGAUUAUCGAUAAGGAAACGCGAAAUAACUCAUACAAGGAAGAAAAAUCGUACUGCAUAUGUUGUGGAAAGCUCGGCCAUUUGGAGAUCUUGGGUCAUCAUGUGUUUAAAUCGACAAAAGGAUCAUCGGAAGAUUCAAAACGAUCGAGAAGCAACAAGAAACGAGUGUUUUCUUUACUCGAUACAUUCAUCUCCAUGUGCAUCGUUGGUCCUUUAGCAAUCGGCUUUUGGAGAGGUGUAUGGACAAGCAUGGAUCGUCGCGCGGAAUUGUGAGUAACAAAAAGUAAUAGAGUCAAUUGGAAUAAUGACGAGAUCAGUGUGACAGGUUGACUUUAUUAGAGGUAGACUUUUCGAUGACGAUUACAUUAGUUUACGUUCAAAAAUCAUUUUAAAUCAUGUACAAGGUGUUUGUUUUAGAUUUUUGGCUGCUAAACACAGGAUGCCGCAAAUAAUAAAUUUUACCUGUACGUCGGCGUCAGGUUUCCAAAAUAUUAAUUAUAAUUGAGUUUUAACGUGUAAAAAAUAAUAUCGCUCUCUUGCGAUAUUUGAAAUUUUUUUGUAGAAAAGAUUAAGACGUUAUCUUAAAAUUUUCAUCAGAUGUCACGAAUGUAUUGUGCAUCUAUAAAAUGUAAUUUUCUUAUUUCGAUAUCUUUAGCCACGCUAUGAAAGAUUAAAACUGCAUGGGAACUACUUCUGAGGUUGCGUCGCAUUACACGCACGAUCGGUGGCUCGAGCCGCAGUAAGAAGGGAAUAAUUUUUUUAUCAUUUAUUUGGCCUUUAUUUAGAAUAUUUAGAUCAUACAACUUUUUUCAAAAAUGCAUUUAUUUCAAAAAAUUUGUAGUGGACAAUUGAAAUAAGAUACCCUAUAUAUAAAUAUACAUUUAGUGGAAUCAUCUGCAGGAUUUAUCAGGAUAAAUUACACUAUGUAUGUGUGUAACUCUAAACUAUGAAUAUUGUAAGUAUUAUACAAGAACUUUGAUGACUUUAUCAUAAAUAGAAUACUUUUGCUAUCUCAGCAAAAUUCUAUAUCAUAUUAAAUCCUUCAUAUCAUGAUUAAAAAGUAAGAUACCGCAAAAAAUGCAUCUUAUACGGAAUGAACAAUACAUUUAUGAUUUCUGAUCAGAAUUUAAAAAUGAUCUUUUUUUAUAAAAAAUUUCAAAUAUCGUAGAAAAGCAAAAAUUUUUUGCAAAUUAAACAAGUCAGUUAUUUCUGAAACUUGACAUGCUGGUGAAAAUUGAAUUACGGCAUCGUUUUCAGCAUCUAAAAAUAUCUCUGUAAGAAACACUUUGUUUGUGUUUAAACAAGUAUUUUUUUAUAAACUAUUAUAGAAAUAGCUUUAAAGAUUAAUCCAUUAAAAUUUUAACUCUUGUUCAAAAUUGGAAAAUUAUUCAAGUGAUUCAAUAUUAAAAGUGAAAUUAAUGAUUACGCGCGAAUUACAUAUCAAUGAGACAUUUAGAUUUAAUAAGUUUCUAUUUACGCAGGUAAAGUUAGCGCCGAGCGUCAGAUCUUGUAGCGUAUUUCACUGGCUGAACUGGUGCGCACUCAGUGCGCAUUAAAUGUGGAUAUUUGGCACGAACUCCAAUAGACAGUUUUGGUUUUAGUGCAAAACGCACUGAGUGCCGUCCAGUGAAAAACGCUGUUAGUUUACAUAUUUCAUUUACGAUUUAUAUACAACGUAUGGAAAUUUUACCGUGAAUUUUUCGUACGUUGUACUUGUAGUUUACAGUUGGAAUUUUUAGUGUCGUUAGCAAUUAGGUGAUAGAACACUUUGCUCGUCUAAUCGGAAUAUUCGAUGUACUUGUAUGAAGAGAAAAAAAAUUAAAACAUUGUUUUAAUAAUGGAUCCAUCGAGAGUCGAUCGAUACACAGCACCAACCAACGUGAAUCAAUGAGCUUUACGUUAUACUCCUGCAUGGUCAACACUUAACUAAUGCCAACAGUUAACUAACGAGAGUCGUAGAUCCGAAAGAUACGAUCAAUUCCAGUAAUUUCGAUGAUUCGCUGCAGGAUAAUCGCGAGAUUCGAGAAUUUAUAUAUUAUUUUUCAAUUUGCAGAUGUGGCAAAAUUAAAUAUUGUCCUCAGUAGUUUUCCGUAGCAUGCAUUUUUUUGGGAUCGAGAAUGUACAUACAAUAUAAUACUUU